AUGAACAAAACCAGCAAUUUCAUUUGUAUUACCGAUUCUCUCGAUCUCUACAAUGCAGUCUAUUCCAAUGUAACCUUACAAUAUUUGAAUUUCAAAGAAGGUCAAUCAACAUACGGAGGUGUGGUUUCGAUCAACAUGACUUUGCCAGCACCAGUCAGCUUGAAUUUAAUUGGAGUUACUGCCAUCAGCAAUUUGGCAGCAUAUGGAGGUGUAGUUGGUAUAGUAGCUGCUUAUACCACCGAUACUGUUAUUACUUUGAAAGAUUCUACCUUUAAACUCAACUAUGCUUCUUAUGGAAGUGCUUUCUACUCGGUCUUUGAUAGCUCGUUGGUCAUUAGCAAUUGUAUCUUUGAAUCGAAUAAUGCCCAGUCUUAUGGAACUAUUUAUACCAUAUACGCCAAUGUAUCAAUGGAUACAGUCAGCUUCAUUACCAAUACUGCCCAAGAUAGUAUUGUCUAUAUCAAAAAGGCUCCUACACUUGUAUAUUUAAAUGCAAUUACAUUUACUGGAAAUUUCCACUAUUCUAAUCAAUACGGUUUAAUUUCCAUCUAUGAUUCAUCAGCAAUCAUUUAUAAUUCCAACUUCAAAUCGAAUCAACAAGGUAGUGCUAUUCAAAUCUCAACUUCACUUGGCUCCUUGGAGAUCCAUAAUUCAACCUUUGACUCGAAUGUAAAUGCCAACAAUGGAGGUGCUUUAUUAAUUAGUGGUGGAGCAUCAGUGAGAAUCUAUGGCUCUGUAUUUACAAAUAAUUUUGCUAUCAACAACGGUGGAGCUAUUUACAACAGCGGUGGAUACACCUUUAUCAUUCAAAAUUGUAAUUUUACUGGAAACUCGGUAACAAACAAUACCAGUGGUGGUGCAGUCUACAUAUAUUCAUUGGGAGGUAAUGCCAGUAUUGAGAAUUCAACCUUUAAUUCCAAUUCAAACUCUCCAAUCUAUUGUAGUGAUAGUACGAUCUAUAUGGAUAAUUUGAAUACCACCUCUCAAGAAAUCCUUACUUGUUCCCAUCCAUAUGAAUGUACACUCACUGGUAAUUCCUCUAUUGGGUUAUGUCAUGACACUUCGAGUCAUGAGGAACCUCAUCACUCCUCUGGUAAUUCAGAUAUUGGAAAAUAUGUUGGUAUUGCUUUUGGUUGUGUAGGUGGUAUAGUUUUGGUUGCAAUUCUAAUUAUAGUUAUUCGUAGAAGAAAUAGAAAUAGAUACCAACAAUUUUAA